ACUACAGGCUUUCCAUGUUUAACGUGAGCUUUAUAGAUUGACAUUUAAUAGGUAUGAAAUAACAAAACUGGUUAAAAUACUCAGGGGAAAAGGGGUGUUUUUCCGGCUUUUCCUCCUUUUUUUCUACGGACGUUUCUUCCUUCAUAUCUGAUCGCCCAUCAGUGGAAUGAUCUGGCUUUUAUCUUGUGUCGUUUCCACUUCAGCAUGGGAACUGCCGGGUCCAAAAGGAAGACUUUAAGGACCGAUGCAAUAUCUUCUGUGGCCGCAAAAGUUAGAGCAGCCAGAGCUUUCGGAGAUUACCUGUCUCACACACACCCUGAGAACCGCAACGGAUCAGAUCAGCUUCUAUCUAAUACCUUCAUUGGCCAAGACAAAGACUCCCCUGCCGUCAGUCAUCUUCACAACAACAACCUACACCCUCAGAGCCACUGUGGGGCCAAGGCCAGCCAGGACCUGUCCCAGGCCCACAGUCUUCAGUCCCAGCUCAGCACACUGCAUCCCCACCACAGCAGUAUCCAGCCCAGUACCCUGCAGCCAAGCAGUUUGCAGCCCACAGGCCCCUCCAAGCACAGGCUCUCAGCAGGGCUCUCAGCGGAGCGGAGUUUCUCCUCAGAGGAGCAGCAGCCACCUCCCAGGUCCUCUGAGGGGAGCCUGACCAGCCUGAAACCAGCUGCCCAGCGGGUCUACACCAUCACCAGGGAGGGAGGCAUGCUAGGGGGGCGAGGCAGCGAGGAGAAUCUGGAGCUGGAGGUGCUGAAGCAGCCUCUGUCCCCUCCUCCCUCCUCCAACCAGACCUCCUUUUCCAACCAACAACCACCAGGCAGCAAACAUCACCGCGGCAACAUUAGCCAUGGCCCACAGGACCACAGGUCCAAGUCCCAGCCCCUGCAGAGCUCAGGGAGUGCCCAUAACAUCCGGGACUGGGUGGUGAGGAGGGGGGGCUCGCGGGAGGACUGCACCCCAGACUGUGUCACCUGCAUCAGGGCCCCAUGUCCGAGCCAGCGCUCCCUGGAUCUGGAGACGUCCCCGCGAGACGGAGGAAAACAGAGGAAGAAGCUAGAGAGGAUGUACAGCCAAGACCAAGGCAGAGACAGACGAGGCUCUGCUGAGGAGAGAGAGGACAACCCUAAUAGCUGGUUCCCCAAAGAGAACAUGUUCAGCUUCCAGACGGCUACCACAACAAUGCAGGCAAUAUCGGCAUUCCGGGGCAUUGCUGAGAGAAAGAGGAGGAAAAGAGAACAAGAGGCAACCGCUCCAGUAACCGAGACUGAGAGAAACUUCCGGAAGCACCUGAGAAUGGUGGGCAGCCGCAGAAUGAAGGCUCAGAGUGAGUUUCCCACAUAUGCUGACCGCCGAGCAAAGAGUUUCAACCGCUCCUGGAGUGACCCCAUCCCCAUGAAGCCUGACUCUCUCCAUGGCUCUAGAGACAGUGGGGACUUGCAGUCCUCCUCAGGGGCUCUAGAUGAAGGAUCACAGGAGGAUGCAGACUGGGAGGAGGAGAGAGAGAUGGAGAGAGCAGCCUGUGAGGGAGAGGACUUCAUCCCACCCAAAAUCAUGCUGAUAUCCUCCAAGGUCCCGAAGGCUGAAUAUGUUCCUAACAUCAUCCGUAGGGACGAUCCGUCCGUCAUCCCCAUCCUUUAUGAUCAUGAACAUGCCACAUUCGAUGACAUCAUUGAGGAGAUAGAGAAGAAGCUGACGGCCUAUAGGAAAGGCUGUAAGAUCUGGAACAUGCUCAUCUUCUGUCAGGGAGGUCCGGGGCAUCUGUACCUGCUCAAGAACAAAGUGGCCACAUUUGCCAAAGUGGAGAAGGAGGAGGAUAUGAUCCAGUUUUGGAAGAAGUUGAGUCAGUUUAUGAGCAAGCUGAAUCCUGAGCCCAACCUCAUUCAUAUAAUGGGCUGCUAUGUUCUGGGGAGCGCCAAUGGAGAAAAGCUAAUCCACAAUCUAAAGAGGCUAAUGAGGCCUCAUGCCAUAGAAUUCAAAUCCCCGCUAGAGCUGUCUGCACAGGGCAAGGAGAUGAUCGAGAUGUACUUUGACUUCCGUCUAUUCCGCCUGUGGAAAACCCGCCAGCACUCCAAGAUGCUCGAAUAUGAUGACCUUUUGUGACACUGCUCACCUCUGACCUUUGUCAGCCUAUUGGCUGUGUAUCUCAUCACCGAUAGCCUAUGGUGACGGCUUUCCUUGAGAGGUCCUGGACGGGAGCGCUCUGUUGAAGAGGUGGACGACAGGCUUUCUCACUGAAGAGGCUUCAAUCCUCUGCUCUCAGACCAAGUGCAGUAGCAAUUACUGUCAGGAGAUGAACUGUAUAUUUCCCCCCAUCCAUUUUCACUGUCUCAACCAAAUGCCUCUACUGACAGAGAACCGUGAGGGAGAGAAGGUAAAAGAGAGAAGUGGAGAGAUCAUCCUUUAGCCUCUGUGUCAAGAGACACAAAAUAGAGCUAGAUUUGGAUCUCGGGAGCCAAGCAAGUCUUCUUUAAAAUAGUCAUAGAGAGAGAUGCAGGUGCAGGGAAGAGAGAGGCUGUGAAAAGGGAGAAGAGAUGGUGAAAUAUUUUCUCCCUUACCUACAUGUCUGUUGUGUGAACUAGGAGGUACAUGGAUGAAAGCUUUUUUUCUUCAGAAAAGUACGUAGAUCUCCCUUAGGAUGGAAAUGUAUUCAUAAAGUGUGUUGGUUGUUUUCAGAGCUUUAGAGAAUAGAUUUCCAUGAUCUAUACAUCUACCACAAAUAGAAGAGAGAGUAUACCAAUAAUUCAAAGUAUCUAUACAUAACACAGCUUUUAUUUUUAACGACCUGUAUUGGUAUUUCUUACGGACUGUUUGAAUUGAAUAACUCAGGGUUACUGCUACCCCUCGUUUAUUACUUGGCAGCGGUUGUCACCUCACCGUCAUGACAGAAUAGGACGGAGAUGUCUGUCAGCUACUUCCGAUCCUCUCCACCCAGCCUCUAUGUCAACACAUAGAAUCUGAGAUUUGACAGUAGUUGUCAGGGAAACCAUUUCUGUCUGACUGUGCACAUGUUUGUGCGUGAACGAGGGAGGUUGUUUUAUAGAUACGAUUUUUCAUAGACUAGGUCAAUUGUAGCUUAAGGGCUCAAUUGAAUCCGUAUUGCGCUACAGCGUGAUUUAAAUUUAAAGGCAAUGUUCCCGGGUUCGCAGAGACUGCAUUCACGGCACACGUUGCAUAUGUCAGCUCAAUCGGAAAUUACGUUUACUAUAGCGCUGAACUUCAGCGAUACGGAUUGAAUCGGGCCAUAAUACUCAUUACGCAUUCAUUAGUGACACUCUGAACUACAGACACAGGCUUUUCUUUCUUGUAGUUCACACCCAGGGACUGAUACCCUUAUGCUGUGACCCUUCUGUCUUACUCUGCAUUACAUUGUUAACUAAACAUAACUGUUAUCAUGAGGUUUAUGGAAAGUGGACAAGACCUAGCCUAGAUGACUUGUGGCACACUGAUUUUGGUAAAAUUUAUUAUCAUUAUAUGUACAGUUUACUUACUCAUAUUUAACUUGUAUUGCUGCUUCAUUUACUCUCUGUCCUGCAUGUGUUUUAUUUCAUGCUUGUAUGAUGUAUUCCCGAGGCGCAAUAGCACAAACCAAAAUGACUGGAAUCAUAUCUACAGAUGUAGUAUCUUAAUUUGAUCACCCUGUUACAGGAUAUUAAAAACCUGUAGUGUAUUUUAGGUUUUAAAAGGCUUCCUAAAUCUGUCAUUUCCAUACUGAAAAUUCAGACUUUAUUUUCCCUGACAAAACAAAUGUAUCAACCUCUACAAAAAAUGUCCAUUAAUUAUAAUCCACAUAAUAUUUAAAAUGUCCUGUUGCUCUAGGAUGUAUUUCCUACUGUAGCAAACUGGUUUAAAGGAAUCCUACACCUGUAAUACACUGCUCCCUUCCUGUGAAAACACCAUGUUUGUUCUGAUCAGAUACACAAAUUGGAUGGUGAUAACUCCUUCUCCUUCCUACCUGAAAACUUUGGCUGUGUCCCAAAUGGCACCCUAUUCUGAUAUCAAACCAACCUCUCAGUAUUAUUGUCAUCCACUUCCUGUGUAUUGUGCUAUUGAGUCUUAACUAAUGGGCUUCCUGUCCAGCCUAUGAUACAAAUCAGCAGUGAUACAGUACAUGUCAUAUACACACGCAGGCCAGUUCUGUGGAGCCUGUAAUGAUUACUUUCCAACCUUUGCUUGUGCUCAAGUGGCAGAAUAACACAAUUUAAGGAAGAUUUUCACAUUUCCUCGUUAAACUGUUCCACCAGAGCAAAUAAGCUAAUGUGUUUGCUGCUCCUCGUGUGUGUGUGUGUGUGUGUGUGUGUGUGUGUGUGUGUGUGUGUGUGUGUGUGUGUGUGUGUGUGUGUGUGUGUGUGUGUGUGUGUGUGUGUGUGUGUGUGUGUGUGUGUGUGUGUGUGUGUGUGUGUGUGUGUGUGUGUGUGUGUGUGUGUGUGUGUGUGUGUGUGUGUGUGUGCAUGCAUGCUAACGUGUGAGUGUGUGUUUCUCAGAAACAUAGCGGGUUGUGGCACUGAGCUGUGGAUCCGUGUGGACAUGCUGAAUACGGAGAGAAAGAAAAGAGAGAGGCCCUUUUCUUUAUAUUCCUUAACCACUUUUGCUUGUAUUCAUUAAUGAUGGUACAUAGUGUACACUUCUAAUAACUCUCUGUUCACCUUCCUAGAAUGAGGGAUGCACACCAUGUAUUACUCACUGGUGAAGUCGUUUUAACAUGGGGUAUUGUAUAUCUACUCACUUCUCUGUUUGAUGUGUACCUUUACAAAACUGUUCAUUUGUGUUGUGUGACACACCAAGGAUACAACCCCUAUAUCCUGUAGCAAUAGACUUUUUAAUAUUUCCUAUACUGUUAUUAGAAAAUGUGUUUUUGCAUUGUUUUGGUCCCAACUGGACACUGUCCCUAAGGUACAGCAAUCUCCAACAUUACUCACUUUGAUAUUGAAGUAGAGAGAGUUACAGAGAGAGAGAGUGAGGCAGUGACAUAUACAGCGUAGCUUUACCUUAAACACAUUUGAUAUGUUCGGUACAGUGCUAUAGUAGAUGAGCAUGUGCGUAUCUUGCUCAGCUGGCCUUCCCCUUCCUCCUCUCCUCAGAGUCUUGACUGGUACCUGUCUUUAAGGCAGACCCAGGGACAGAUUAGGUUUAAGAAUUACCAAUAAAUGAAUUGUAACUGUAUCAAAAGACAUCCAAUGGGAAAUAUUUGAUGCCUCUGUUUUAACACAAAUAGGAUUGUAAUGGGAAAUGGAAAUACAGUUAAUUGAGUACAAUAAAUGAAUUGAGAACAGUGUAACACAGUAAAUGAAAUCCGUUUUAAUGAAUCAUUGAUGUAUGGUUAUGCUUUAAGAUAUGGUUUAUAUAUAAUAUGUGGGAUGUGUCCCAAAUGGUAUAUGGACUCCAGGAAAGCUAAGAAGAGUACUUUACUGUAUGAAGGCUAUCACAAUCUCCUUUGUGAGUUGGCACACUAGAAGUGAUUUGUGAUGGUAGUUAAGAUGUCAGGCAUGGAUAGAUAUUAGAACGUUACAAUUGCAACAAAAGAGACAUGAAGGAGAAGUUUUGUCUUUUUCAGAUGAGAGCUAGUGGUUGUGUCCCAAAUGGUAACCUAUUCCCUAUUUAGUGCACUACUUUUGACCAGUUGGGAAUGCAGUCAGUGUAAUGUAUUAUACUGGAGCCAGACCCAGCAGCGUGUGCACUGACUGCUCAUCGUGGUUGACUUCUCAUCCUGGCCAAUGAAACAGCCAUUUCCAUUUCUCUACGGAGCAAUAUAAUUACACAAAUCAAGACAUCCGUCUUCAACGCCUCACAAGUUCUAUUAAUAUAGAAUGAAACCUUCUGUCAUCACCAAUAAUAAAAUAAGACAUAUCCAUGAACUUACAUCCUAUUUUUAAUUGAUGACUUUAUCCCACAUUGAUUCUGCUGCCACUUUAUCCAGAGAGAUUAUAUGCAUCCCAAAUCGCUCAACAUUCCCUAUAUAGUGCAUUACUUUUGACCAGUGCCCUAUGGGGAAAAGGGUGUGAUUUGGGACUCAGCCGUUGCUUGGUUCUCUGCUCUCUGCGCUCUGCUCUGUGUUGGGGAAGCUGAUUUGACUUUUGAUGAUUGAUUGAUGGAGCUCUGAUUGCUCUGAUGCCUCAUGUUGGGAAGUGAUUGUAUUUUGGGAUGAGGGGGGCGCUCAACGAUCUCAUAUUGUCUGUCUUAUUGAACUUUCUUCAAAGUCAUGCAGGGGCCGGUGCAUUUUCAGUAGAUCUGUGUAGCAUCGUACAAUUCAAAGAGAGAUUUUAGCAGUGAUAACUAUUACUACUGUAAAUCUUUAGUCAGGUUGAAUCUCCAAAUGUCUUGAUAAAAGUAUUGUUUAAUAUGAUAAUUAUCAUAUUGAUAAUGAUUGAUCUGUCUGGGGAUUUUGAUACUAGGAUACUAAAGGAAAUACACUGGGUAGUGUACUUUUAGCCGUACAGUGCAUUCGGACCUCUUGACUUUUUCCACAUGUUGUACACCUAU